AUGGUCGCGGUGAGAGAGGGAAUCGUUUCUGAAUAUGCCACUAAGACCUCAGUUGUCACCCCAAAUGUGGACUUCUCCAAGGUAGAGGCUAUCAACCAGAAGAGGACACUGGCCUUCAUCAACCAUUGGGUGUUGCAUACAGUAGCCUUCCUCAACCAGUUCUCUGCUAUGUGUGAAGAGAGACUCAUUGCCUUGGAUACCAAGCUUCGCCGUGCUGAUCACUCUCUGGCCAUCCUUGAAGCUAAGCUUAGUUCUGUACCAGAUCUUGAAGGAGUAGUUGCUCCAGCUGCUGGCAAUACUCAGGAAGCUCCAAGUGGCACCACAACCACCACCACUGCCACUGCUGUUGCUACUGCCUCUCCUAGUGGUGAGAAUUUGGCUGCUUCACCUAAAGAAGAUGAAGCUACCCCCAAUGCAACACCACCCAAAGAUAGCACAGCAGAACCAGAGGGUGAAGAUGUGGUGGACGAGAAGGUAGCUCAGCCAGCCACCAAGCCAAUAUGUGAAGACCCACGAUUUGCACAGUAUUUCAGGAUGCUGAAGAUGGGUGUCCCAGAUCCUGCUAUACGUAUGAAGAUGUCCAGUGAAGGCGUUGACCCAUCACUGCUUGAUGACCCCAAUGCACCUGCUCCACCUGGCCCAUCCGCUUCCAAGGCAAGCCACGACUCUGACUCAGAUUCGGAUUCUUCAUGGAGUGAUUAGUAUUAUGUAAGCGCAGUAGUGUCAAGACAGUUUCAGAGGCUAAUUCAACCCCAAGGGUUCUGUGAGUCUUAAGUCAUUUUAUUACUUGUAGUCUUAGUAUUAGCUGGAUGUUGGGGUUUGUAGAAUUGUACUGAAGCAGGACUUGAGAUGGUGUGCUAUGUAGCCUGUUUCUUGUUAGUAAAACAGAUCAAGUUUAUAUAAAAGUAUAAUGAUAAGCAUUAUUCUUGAUUAUUUGCUGGCAUGUAAAGCCUCAGCCCUCUUUUUUUAAGAAGAGUGCUUUCCUUGCAAUUAUGAUUGAGCAAUUUUUAAUCAUAUGCUUUAUAUCACCAGCCCACUGCAGCCUUGUAUAUCUUCCAAAACAAUAAUUAAUAAUAGUAGUUUCCUAAUUGCAAAUUGUCUAUGCUGACAGCAAUGUGGAACAUUUAGUGAACUAUAUCCAGUGUCUGCAUGACUAUCUUUUGUGAACAACAUGCACCACUGAUAUGGUGAAACAUUACUCGUCUGUAUACCAAGCUGCUAUCUCUGCUGCAUAUUAUUAUUAAAACCAAUGAAAACAGUAUUUGAGAAAUUACAUCAGAACUCUUCUGAGGAGCUUCACCCAUCAGUUGAAAUCUAAACCUCUUCGAUGAGUUGAAACCCAAACCUCUUCUUUAAUCAUAUAAUUUGAAAGAUUAAACAGUGAUCAGCAAACUGCUCAUUUACCAGGCAAGGUCUGUGUGUUUUCAUCCACACAGGGGUACUGGAGGCAACAUUCUAACUACCAGGCAGAUAUUACUGUUUGAAUUCUCUUGAGCAUAGGCACCAAUGAUUUUCCAAACUAAAAGAAGUGAACCAAGUGCCCAUCAGGCAAUGCUCAACCAUGUUGAUGGGGUCAGAGGCAGUUAAUUAUUAAGGAAAUAGUAUUUACUACUAUAGAAAUGCAUAAUCUGUGAUAUAUUUAGUUAUUCCAAAUUCAUUGUCAUGUUGAAGCAUUUUAAUCUAAUUAAAAUUUUUAAAGAUAUUGUACCAAAUUAGAUAGUAAAACUCGUUUUUGUAUUAGGUCACAUAACUCAUGAAAACUGGUCAUGUAUAGAUGUGUGAACUUAACCUUAGUUUGAAGUAGAGCAAUAUCUUGAAAACAUUCUAUAGCGGAGGUUUUCUCAGGCAUAGCACAUCAAGCUCUGCAAAUGUGCCUUAUAUGCAAUACAAAUACUGUAGUUUUAUUACUUUAUCAUAAGAACCACAUUAAAUGUGCUGAUUAUGUGUGUUAAUUUACAUGUAAAUUAUAUCAAUUAAUAUGGAUUACCUCUUA